GUGUGCCAUCCACACCACCAACCAAAAAAUCCCACCUUUAACCAACCCAUCACUCGUUCGAGGGCGAAAGGGCUAGAAAUCUCUGAAACCCAUUUCAAUGGCGUCGAUUGUGAGCACUGCGGGGUUUAUUUCGUGCGGUGGUUUGAACCGGAGCAGCGGGAGAUCGAGCACCACGUUCGGGACCCGGUUGGCCUACCCUUUAUCCUCUUCUUUCGGCGGUGGUUGUAGCAGGAGGCUGAAGCCGGCCGUGGUGGUUGUGAGGGCGGAGGCUCAGCAUAUAAACCCUGAAAUCAGGAAGGGCGAGGAGAAGGUUGUGGACACUGUUUUGGUCCCUGAGCUCUCUAAGCCCCUCACUGUUUAUUGCAGGUGUUGGAGGUCAGGGACUUUCCCGCUGUGCGAUGGAAGUCAUGUAAAGCACAAUAAAGCUACUGGUGAUAAUGUUGGACCAUUACUCGUCAAGAAGCAGUGAGUUGCAUUUCGAUGCUGGACGAGGUAUGCCAAUAUUUCAAAUGGGUUUUGAAAUGUGAGAUUAUAUGUUGAAGUUGAAAGAAUAUGUUCAAUGUAUCGUUUGAAAUCUGAAUAAUAUGUGAUGUGAACAUGUUAGUAGAGCCAUUUAAUCGUUUCACGUUUCAAAUAGUAAGUUAGCAGUUUCACACUCUUUCUUUUACUUGCCACUUUAAAGCGAUGCACCGAGAUUUGUGUGACGGGUCAUCGUUGUCUUGCUUUCGGUCGCUAUUGCUAGAAGCAUCUGUGAAUUAAAGCUCAUUGAUUUCA